UAUUAAAGGAACAUAUUUCGUACAUACAAUAAUCUAUAUAUACAAAUUUCUACAAGAAAUAGCAUCAUUUGCGUCCAACUUUUUUGCGUCGACACAAGUGGACACAAAUAACUACUCUUUUGCGUCGACGCGUGGACGCAAAUGAUGUUGUUUAAUUUCCAGACAAAACCUUAUAAAAUUUUAUUAUUUGCAUCAACAGGUGGACGCUAAAAGAGUUGAAUUGUAUUUGCGUCGCCGGGUGUCCACGCAAAAAAACGAAAUGCGAAAAUGGGCCAACAUGGCGUUACUUAUUAGCGUCUAUAUGCCGACGCUAAUGCUGAAAAAAAUUUAAAGAGCAGCAGCCCCUCCAAGUGAGUUAGGGCAUAUGAUAUUUCCAAACGAUGGCUGAGCGGCGGAAGUCUUCUCGGUGAGUUAGGGCUGAGCAUCUGGUGAGCUAUUUUCGCACUCGACUUCGUCUUCUUCGUCCGACUAGUUCUGGCACUCGCUGUCUUCAGGUUCCUAAGAUACAAAUGGAGAGAGACUGUCCUGCGUGUGCUGAAAUUGAACAAUCUUGAGGCUUCUUCCACAGAGCAUGGACUUGAAGAGUUGUGUUUGAUCUUCUUUUUUCAGGUUUUGAAAGUUUCUUUGCUGAAUUUUUUGAAGAAUUAAAAUAUAGUCCGUAGUUGACAUUGGUUGUGCUAAUUUUGUGAGGUUUAUUGUGAAAAAAAGAAGAAGUCUGGUUACUAUUUUAUGAAGACUUUGGACCCAACCUACCAUGUUUUCAUUUUCCCACUUUUCUUCACAAAAAGAAAAAAGAAAAAAAUGAAUAGGUUAACUUUUUGAACUUAUGAAGACUUUGGAAAUUAAGUAUGAAAAAAGAAAUGAUUCUGGUUAAAAAAUACAAAGGGUAUAGUAUUUCUGAUUAAAAGGUUUACUGCAUUACUAAAACAGAUUUGUCUAUAGAAACAAACUGUAUUACUACAUCACGUGUUAGGGAGUGGGAGGCAGAUGGGCCGAGGCUCUAGGAGGCAAACGGGCCAAUGCUUCAGGAGGACGGGCCUCGCCCAUUAUUAGUUUAUGGGUUGCUGUCAGUGGACCUAAUUGGGCUGGGUUGACUGCUGGGUUUCAUUACUUUAUUUCAGUCUAUUGUUAUGUCUAAUAAACUGUUGGGCCUAUAUGGUCAUAUUUUAUUAUUAGGUUAAUGGGCCUAGAUGGCCAUAUUUUAUUAUUAGGUUAAGGAGUAUUUAAGGAGGUCUUGUGAACUAUUAUUGAUUAUCGAGAAUAAAGAUUUGGUUUGAGCCUAAGGCUGGGCAGUCGUUAACACCGUCUGCUAGGGUUUCUUUUUCUGCUUCUAUCAAUUUGGUCCGACCUGCCGGAUCCUAUCCACCGCCCUACGUUCAUCAUGACUCGUUCCACCAUUGAUCAACGCAUAGAUGCGAUAGAAGCAGACCAGAAGGACAUCAGGGCAGAAUUGCAAUCCACCAACGCCAAGUUGGAUGCUAUCACGCAAACCCUAGACAAACUGGCGCAGAAGAUUAUGGCGUCGGGGGGAACGCUGGCUGAUUCUGAGUCAGGAGGAGAAGGAGGCACGACUGACUCGCAGAACUCCCACAACCCUAGGUCUGUGACCGCACCUCUGACGCUACCGGCGUUUGAGGGGGCAGAUCCGAUUGGAUGGCUUGCCAGGGCCAAUCAGCAAUUUGAAAUACAUCAGACCCGACCUGAGUUGAAGGUGGCGUCAGCCAUGGUAGCAAUGGAGGGUCCUGCUUUGUACUGGUUUUCUUGGACACGGUCGCGGAAACCAGGCAUAGCUUGGGAGGAGUUUUCACAAGCCCUUGUAGCCCGUUUUGAUACUCGGUUCAAAGGGAGCACGUUCGAACGGUUGGCUGACGUUAAGCAGACAGGAUCCAUGGAUGACUAUGUAAAUUUGUUCGUGCAAUUAGCCAGUCAGGUCCCAGGUUUGAGUGAUGCCCACUACUUGGGGUACUUUAUGAAAGGGCUACGGGACACCAUUCGCAGUUCCUUACGGACCCUACGCCCAAUUGAUUUGGAAGCUGCUAUGGAGUUAGCAAGAGAUAUCGAAGAAGACUUGGCCGUACAGUCCGGAGGGAGAUCAGAAUGGGGAUACGACAAUCAGCAGUGCCGUUCCAGUAAUUACACCAAAGUUGGCGGGUUUUCGGGGCUCUCUUCCACGCCAGUUACUGGAAACCAAGGGGCAGCAGGAAGCACAACUUCCUCGCGAUCUCCAGGUAGUACCUCGGGGUCCGGGUCAGCCAUGACUGGCCAGUCGGAGAAUCGCUCUCGGUUCACACGCCUCUCACCGCAGGAAUUUGCAGACCUACGUGCAAAAGGGCUUUGUUUCCGUUGCAAGAAGCCCUAUACCCCCAGGCAUGAAUGUCCCCUAAAACAGUUAAGAGUAAUGGUUGUCGAGGAAGAUGAGGAACUCGACCUCAAUCAAACUGAAUCUUUUAUCCCGCCCGAAGAGGUUGAGCAGCUAGGGGAACAGAAGGAGAAACAAGCAGCAGCUUCUUCACUCCAACCUUGGGGACAAGGUUGUUUUGGAGGGGGAUGAAAUUGUUAGGGAGUGGGAGGCAGAUGGGCCGAGGCUCUAGGAGGCAAACGGGCCAAUGCUUCAGGAGGACGGGCCUCGCCCAUUAUUAGUUUAUGGGUUGCUGUCAGUGGACCUAAUUGGGCUGGGUUGACUGCUGGGUUUCAUUACUUUAUUUCAGUCUAUUGUUAUGUCUAAU